AUGGACGUAAAUCAUUCAAAUAGUUUUAUUAUUUUAGAAAAUGUAUUUGGACUUAUUGGAACUGUCUUACGAUCGAUUCAAUUAGUACCUCAAGGUCUUUCGUCUGGAACACUUAUAAUCUGGGCAUCAUCCGGCAUGUUUGCAGGAAUAUAUGCAGUUGCCAUUCAACUUUCGAUACCAUUAAUGAUUCAACCGCAGAUGUUUAGCAUAGCAACUUGGUUUUGCUUAAUACAAAGUUUGUAUUAUGACCAUCCCUAUUUUAUUGGUAAAAAAGCUGCAAAUGAAAAAAACAUUAAAUGGCCUGAAACAGUCAGCGGAAUAUUACCAAUUAUUUUAUGUUUCACUGGAUAUAUACCUCAAUUUUAUCAAAUAUAUUGUGAGAAGAUCGUGCAUGGCAUUUCAUUCUUAUUUUUAGCAAUGGACAUAUUCAUAAAUUCGCUUUACACAAUUAGCUUAGCAUUCAGACCACCACCAUUUGAGGUGCUAGCAUCAUUACUUUAUCUUUUCGUAGUUACACUUGAUCUAUUAAUUAUAUUUUUAUACUAUCUUUUGAAUUGGAUAAAUGAUAAUUUAC